AUGGCGCGACUCGUGCUGAGAUCGACCACAUACUCACAAACCGGAGGUGGUGUCUACUCGACGUCUCAGUACUACCAUCCUUUUGUAGUGGUUCUGAUCACCGUCUCCUUCGUGCGAAAAUACGACUUAGCCACACGAUGGAAAAGAACAUCUGCUGUCGGCAACGAAGGAGAGAAGUCGUCUACGACGAUUGCGUACUCGAGGACUCCUUGUCCCAGGGUGACUGGCAAAUUGGUGAGGACCCAAACGUGGACUAUGGGAUGCUGCUCAGAGGAUUACGAGCCUGCGCUGAGCGUAUUCCUCGAAGCCGCGUGCGGCAAACUUGGGUCGAAUAUCGAAGACCACCAAGGAAUUGUUCGAAAGAAGAAGGACUUUGAGGCUUGA